UUUUAGGAUAAGAUAAUGCUACAGACAAAAGAUGGAAGACAAAUCCAUUUGCACCAAACAAAAACAAACCAGGAAACCAAUGAUUCCCCUCACCCACUGCAGGUAAACUUGAACUUCGGAAUCUACGCCCUAUGCACAAGAAAUUUCCAGGUUUUUGUUAUCUCAUCUGCCCAUUUCGUUCCAAUAAGGUUUCCUACUCCUAUCACUCAGUUUCAGGCAGAGAAGAAGGUCUCUGUUUCUUCCCCAACUGGGCUUUACAAAGAGAAAUUCUUCACUCAAUUACUUGAUCACUUCAAUUUCAAUCCCCAGAGCUACCAAACAUUUCAGCAGAGAUAUUUGAUCAAUGACACAUUCUGGGGAGGCCCAGAGAAAAAUGCUCCAAUCUUCUUGUACACAGGAAAUGAAGGAGACAUUGAAUGGUUUGCUCAAAACACAGGAUUCAUGUUUGACAAUGCUCCUCGCUUCAAAGCCCUUCUGGUCUUUAUUGAGCAUAGGUUCUAUGGGGAAUCUAUGCCUUUUGGAGGUGAUAAAGAUGUUGCUUAUAGCAAUGCGAGUACUCUUGGUUACCUGAGUUCAACUCAGGCGUUGGCUGAUUACGCCACUCUCGUCACUGAUCUAAAGAACAAUUUGUCUGCAACUGACUCUCCUGUGGUGGCUUUUGGAGGUUCCUAUGGCGGAAUGUUGGCCGCUUGGUUUAGACUCAAAUAUCCUCAUGUUGCCAUUGGAGCUUUGGCUUCUUCUGCACCAAUUCUUGGCUUUGUGAACUUAACUUCUCCUUAUAGCUUCACUCGAAUCAUCACUAAAGAUUUUAGAAGUGAAAGUGAGAAUUGCUACCAAGUGAUAAAAGCAUCAUGGCAACAAAUUGAAGACAUGGCGAAUCAAAAAGGAGGACUCGAAAAGCUGCGCAAGUCCUUUAAAAUAUGCAAGAAUUAUAUUAGUGGAGGAGCUCUGCUGAGUUGGCUUUCCACUGCGUGGGUCUACACAGCAAUGACUGAUUAUCCAACUCCAUCCAAUUUUUUAAAUCCCAUGCCAGCUUAUCCAGUCAAACAGAUGUGCAAGGCGAUAGAUGAUCCAGUGACUGGAAAUGAUACAUUAGCAAAGUUGUCCGGUGCAGCUAGCGUUUACUAUAACUACACUGGAACCGCCACGUGUUUCGAUCUUAAUGAUACUUCUGAUCCUCACGGUCUUGGUGGAUGGUCUUGGCAGGCAUGCACAGAGAUGAUACUUCCAACAGGAGGCAGCGAUGAAGAAAGCAUAUUUCCAGCUUCAAAUUGGAACUACAGUCAGAGGCCCUCUUCCUGCCUUGGUGUUGAGCCUCGACCCGAUUGGAUUCCUACAGAGUUUGGUGGUCAUAAUAUCAAGAGAGUGCUGAAGAGAUUUGGAAGUAAUAUCAUCUUCUUUAAUGGCUUACGAGACCCCUGGAGUGGUGGAGGGGUGGUAAGUGAUAUAUCCAAGAGCAUAGUUACCAUAGUAGCAGAAAAAGGGGCUCAUCAUGUAGACUUGAGAUUUGCAACAAGUGAAGACCCAACAUGGCUUCGACAAGUGAGGCAAAGAGAGGUUACCAUCAUUGCUCAGUGGCUCUCUGAGUAUUAACAUGACUUGGCCCAUACACAUUUCUAAUAUCUUCUUUAUUUUAUAUUUAAUAAUAUUAUAAUUUUACACUCA